AUGAACAAGGUAGACCGGCUAUUUGAGAAACUUUCGUCUCCAGCACGACUCGGCUCGGCGCAGGACCUCGAUCUGGACCUCCCCUCUGUCAAUUCGCUCGUGUCGAAAGAAAGCGAAAUUGACCACGGCUCGGGCGGAACGAUCUUCAAGUGCCGCCUGAACUCCGAUCGCAACCAAAUAGUCGUCCUCAAAAGCUUCAAGCGCAGACCGCAAGAGUCCAUCAGAACGUAUCUGUUCAACUCGCUCAACGAGUUUGCCACACUGAAAGCCGUCCAAGGACACGCCUGCGUGCUGGAUGUUUACGAUUUUCUCUUGGAAACAGGCCAAGAUGAGCCGUUCUACUCCAUGCUGAUCCAGUACUGCAGAAACGGCGACCUGUUGUCGCUGCUGUCCAAGGCUCGAAAAAUGAAUCUGCAAAUCCCAAACCAGAACAAAGAUUUCCUCUUCCUCAAGUGUGCUCAGGCCAUCAAAUUCCUUCAUUCGAAAAAUAUAGUGCACAGAGACAUCAAGCCAGAGAACUUUCUUAUCGAUGAGAGGGGCGAGCUCAAGCUGGGCGACUUUGGCAACGCGAUGGACCUGAACCGCAUAGAGAGCUACACGGUAACGGCAGAGUUUCUCUCGCUGGGCACCACCUCCUUCAAAUCGCCAGAACUGUACCUCUAUAAAAAUAUUCCGGACGAACAAAUCGACGCAAAGAAAAUUAAUUACAAAGCCAUCGACAUUUGGGCCUUGGCCAUCCUGUACUUUAACAUCGCCAUCCUACAAAAACCAUGGGCAGAAGCAACUUCCAAAGAUUAUGAGUUCAAAAAAUAUAAAAGUAAAUAUGAGUUGGCAUCGCUGAAACAGCUAGAUUCCUACCAACUAAACAGAAACCUGGACUCGACUUUCUUGAAACUGCCGGAAAUUAGCAGACAAACGGUCGUAAAGAUGCUGAAUCCAGAUCCAGAUGGAAGACUCACUGCCAAUGAAGUUCUCAGAAGUGAGUGGUUGAUCCAAGUCAACAUAUCGCUCGAGGAAUAUGCGAAAAAAUCCUUAUCGAAAGGGCGAGAUGACGAAGUGUUGCGAAUAAUCAAUAUCUGA